AAUCAGUAUACGUCGCCAUAUGUUGGGAGUAGCGUCUCACCGCGUUCGGUAUAUCGAAUGUGCCACUUUUCGUUCGCUAAAGUGCGUAUUUAUCGCAUCCAUUUUCUAAAAAAAAACUCGAAAUUUUACGUUUUUAUGCACUAAAUGGUAACGGUUAUCAUCGAAUCAAGUGUUUCAAUAAAGUGGUGGCAUUUGCAUUGCGUUAAUUUGCAUCUUAUAUAAACGAAUGAUGGGACAAUUUUUUUGUGUAUAAAAAUAUUCGUAGCGAAGUGUCUUUUUUGAAGUCACCACACACAGUGAGAGAGAAAAUUUUUUGUUCAUAUUAACCAGUUUCGUGGUGUUCUACGUUUAAAGUUUCAGUGAAACACAACAUUUUCAAUUUGAUGUUUUUUUCUUUCUUUCUCUAUAAUAAUACUUGUGAAUGAGUUGGAACACCCUAAUCGAACAAUACUGUGUAGCGAUAUUUUUGGUGCAAUAACAAUUUAAAAUACCGGAAUUUCGGAAUAGAUUUUUUUGUUCUCCGUUUUCGUUUUUUUUUUUAUUAUUUGGCUCGCAACAAUUGGGGAAUAUUGUAUUAUACCGUACAACACUUUAUUAUGAGCCCCAAUUCAAAAUUUGUGUUUUUCUCUCUCUCUUCUUCUUCUUUUUUUGUUUCCUUAGUGGCAAUAAUUUGUUAAAUGUGUGUAUAUCAAAGUCUAUGUACGGAAAAAGCGUACUGUAGAGGAGACCUUUUUAAAUAAUUAUUAGAGGAGUUUGCGUUCAAGAUAAAAUAUAGUUCCACCAUACAGAAGAAGAAGAAUAAAAAAAAGCGCCACACUGAUAAUAUACAACGUAUGAUGCAUAGAGUGUGUGCCCCGUUAAAUGUAUUAGUGUCUAUAUGUUUGUGUCCCACAUGAAUGGGAAUUUCUUUCCGAUUUUAACUUUUGUUUUUAAAUUUUACGAAUAGUGUCAUCGAACGGCAUUUGAUGAACAGAAACCCGCGUGUGGAUUUUUAUAAAAUAUUUAUAUACAAACAAAGUGAAUGUGGUGCUGUAAUACCAUCCGUAGAGCGAACAUGAACAUUAUUUUGGAUCGCAAUUUAUUGUCAAAACAUUUUGUCGUAUUGUGCACUAUACAACAAAUCGGUGUUUAUGUGAAAUCAUUUUAAGUGACUCUGACCAAUGAAUUUUCUCGACAUACAAUCAUGGUGGGAGAUUCCUUACAUAGCUCAUUUUUGCUCAUUGUUUAGAUCUCCGUUUAAACUGCCUGAAUUUGAUAUUGAGGAUUUAGAGGAAGCACUACUCGCAGACGGAACUACUGGCGACGUGCCAUUACUAACAGAUUUGAUUGUUGCACUGUUGAAAGGAUGUGACCUGGUACGAUUGCAAGGAAUAACGACCAGUAACUAUCAGAUGUUUUUGAGGCGCAUCCUUCGGAAAAAGUGUAAUGAAUAUAAGCUUGAGAAUACAUUCGACGAAGACAUAGACUUUUAUUCGCUUCCGUUACGUUCGAAGAUUUUAAAUUUACAUUUACUCUGCGACAUUCGCUUGGAUUCGGCGGACGUUGGUCCCAUAUACAAUUGUUUGGAGCCGGAUAGUCUACGUAUCGAUCCGUUGGGUCGCGAUUCGAACAAUUCAACGUACUGGUACUUCCACGGAACGAGAUUGUACCGCGAAGAUACGGUGAAAUCGGCAAACGGUACCGGAAACACAUCGAUAUGGCAAGUGAUUUGUUUCACUGAGGACGACUGGAAUCGAUUCACAAACACCUUAAACAAUCGACGUGAAAACGAACGUGCCUUGCGUCAAAUAUUAGAGACAGAUUUUUUACCCAAACUUCCGCUGCUGUUUCAGAAGAAGGAACGCAAUCGACGACAAAAGUUGAUCAGACUUCGAACGGAAGCUUUGGCCCGACUAGCCGAAGCGGAACGUGAGAAAAAAUAUCAGGAACAAUUGGAACACAAAAGACAUUUCGAAGAAACAAAGAAGCGACGACAAGAGAGACGGAAAAAAGUUUCAGCUGAACUAGACUCGUUCAGCGUAAAAGACAAUCGAGAAAGUCGGGCAGAUCGAGCUCGUCGACGGUUAGUCUUGUGCAAUUAAAGCUUAGCAACCCGAGGCAACUUUUGUUAUGAUUCAGUUCUGAAUGCGCUUAAGUUUUUAUUGAAACAACAAAUCACGAUCAAGUUCCAUUCAAAGUAUAAUCUCGACCCAUGCCAGUUCAUCUCCAACCGCCCACUCAUCCGAUCUUUUAUUUCAGUCAAACGAAGACGUACACAACGUCAAACGGCUAUUACAGAAAUUUAUUUCCAACAAAAACCACGACAAAGAAAAUAUCAACAACAUAACACUGUCAACGGACAGCAGUGAUACGGACGACGAAUCAAUACCGAACACAAUGCCACCAACAAAUAAUACAAACGCUAAAUUGCCCGGGAGACAGACAAAUAAUUCGCUAUCAUCGUUGACGGGAAACAUUUUCAUUCCGCCGUUCGAGAGCGGAGGCAGAACGGAGAGUGCUACGAGUGGCGGUAGUGAUGGUAAUGCUGGUGAUGCUAGCAGCCGAACGAGUGACACAAAUCCAAGUAGUCGUAAUGAAACGCCGCCGGCACAAGCACCACGGAAAAAGAAAGCCAAAACAUCCGAUGUUUUCACCGAAACGGAAGAGGUGCUACAAAUUGGCAUGCACAAGGUGCUGGAAUAUGUGAAGAACCACAAAGAUGCCUGGCCAUUUAUGGACCCAGUGGAAGAGGAUAUUGCCCCACGAUAUUAUUCCAUUAUUCGAAGGCCAAUGGAUCUGCUGAAAAUGGAAGAAAAACUGGACAAUGGCGAGUAUCAGACGUUCAACGAUUUUCGAAACGAUUUCAAGUUAAUCGUUAACAAUUGUCGGUUGUACAAUGGACAAAAUAAUGAAUACACCGAAAUGGUAAACAAUUUGCAGUUGGCUUUCGAGAAAUCAACGAAAAAGUACUUCGAACAAAACUCCUCCGACGAGGAAAUCAACCUGGAAUAUCCCGAUCUCAAGACAAACGUUUUUCGCGAGAAAAACUUCAACGCUAAAAAUAUGACGCCAAAGCAAGUGUUACUGAACGAGGUCAGUAAGAAACUGAAGGACACAUUGAAUGCAACGAGCGGCAAAAAGGUGGCCGGUGACAAAGCCGACAAAAAUCGAACAACAACGAAAUCAUCCAAGGCAAACCGGGACGAGUCAAGGGACAAAGACACCGUGAAUUCGACGCGUGGCGUUAAGCGGAAGAAAAAGGACAAAGACAAACGAAGGAAGAAAAAGCCGAAAUUGGGGAAGAGUUCGAAGUACGAAAAUUCAUCGGAUGACGAGAGUGGAAAAUCCGAUGAAUCGGAUGACGAGGACGAACCACCAGCCAAAGUAGCGAAGAAAUCUGCAAAGGUAACUGCUGUUACACCAGAGAAAAAAUCGAAACUGCUCGGAAGUAAGCACAAGAAAGCCGGUCUGAAGUCCAAACAGAAAAACAGUAAGAAGGUGGAGGCAUCGAGUAAUGACGAAUCGGACGAUGAAAGAAUGGAAGUGGUUUCCAAGGUGAAACCGUCAAAAGCGGAAGAGGCUUCUAAGGUGAAACCAUCAAAAGCGGAAGAGGUUUCCAAGGUGAAACCAUCAAAAACUGAAGAAGUUUCUAAGGCGAAGGCAUCGAAAACGGAAGAAGUUGCCAAGGUGAAGCCACCAAAAACGGAAGAGAAGAAAGCCGCAAAAGGUGUUGCAGUCAAAAAUAAAAAGUUGAACAAAACGGAGCCUACAAAACUCAAGGCGGAGGAGAAGAAGAAAAAGUCCAGUUCGCAUGCGUCCGUUGCUGUGCAUAAAAAGGAAAGCAAACACAAAAAAGUCGAUUCUAGUCAUAGUGAGAGUGAGGAUGAAGUGGAAGAAACGACCAAAGCCGUACCGUUGACAAAGACAAAGAAAACUAAAGUGGACAAGCCAGUGCCUCCGAAAAAGUCAACGAAAGUCGACAAAAAACCAAAAGUGCCAUUGUCGGACAAUGACAGUGAGAACGAGAAUGAUUUCAACUCCGAUAUGGGUUCGGAUGGCGGUGUCAUUGACUAUCCAAUAAAGAAGAAAUCAAAAUCCAGUUCCGCGAAAGUGAACAAGGAGGAGACGCCGCCAGCGAAGCUAUCGAAGAAAGACAAACAAACGCUGAAAGAGAAGAAGAAAAUGGAAAAGGAAAAUCAAAACUUUAAAUCAAAGCGGAAAACUGAGAAAGCGUCGAAAAAGGAGAGCAAAAAGGUGGCGAAAGCGAAAAGUGCGGCUAAGGCGAAACCGGACGAAACGGUGAUAGAAGAUGAUCAUCGGUAUCGAUCGUCUUCGCGUUCAGUGACGCCUGUGUUCACAGUCGAUUUACAUAAGAAAUAUUCAAAAAGUGCCUCCAUUCCGGAUACACCGGGAAAAUCGAACUCAAUCACUCGGGACAAGGAUCUGAUUUCGAUGUCGAGCCGAAGCUUUUCACGCAGUGUAAGUCCGGCCGCAUCCCACUACUCAUCCAAUCAUUCAGUUAAUUCGGUGGAAGACGAGUCGAUAUCGCCGUCAAAGUUGAAAACCAACAAACGAUUGGAUCGACCCAUCACUCCCGAUAUUAAGGACAAAUUCGAUCUGAUCAAAGAGCGUCGCAGUCGUAACGUGGAUGAGAAAUGGAAUCAAAUUGUCAAAGAAGCUGAAAAGAUCAAAGACAAAACGGCAUCGAAUCAGACGUCCAACACCACAUUGGAGAAGAAUCAAAAGCUGAAGGAAACGAUCGAGAAGCUGAAAGCCAAAUCGAAGAAUAAGAGCAGCAAGGAGAGAGCCGUAUUGCUGAACGAGAUUUUCGGCGCGAAACCACCGAAAGAGGUACGGGACGAGCGAUCAAUUUUCGAGCGACUGCGAGACACCAAUGCUGAUAAGCCGAUCAAAUCAAAAGCGGAUAAAAAUUCCAAAAACAAAGCGGACGAGUACAAUUUCGUUGAAGACACCCUGUCCGACACAAAGCCGCCGAAGGAACCCGCCCAAACCAAAGCAAAAUCACAGAAGAAAUCGACGAACAAAGUGGCCGCUUCCAAGAAUCUCAAAUCAACAAAUGUUGAAGCGCUAGACAUGGAAACCGAACAAACGCUGAAAGACAUUAAUCGAUGGCUGGAGCACACGCCCCGUUUUCCCGACUUCGGUUCGGCAAGCAACUCUCCGUCACGGUACAAUUUACUGGACGACUUUGAAGCUGAAUUUCGGCGACCUGAUCAAUCCAAAAAUUCAUCUCAAUCAACGGUCGCUCCACCGUCAUCGACGCCCUCAUCAAGUAAUGGUAUUCCGAAUGCUCCCGCUGCAGUUGCAUCCAAUUCGAAUAACGAUUUCAAUUUGCUGAAAGAAACGCCAAAUGUUUUCAUUACUCCUACGGCGCCAACACCACCGCAACCGACACAAGCGUCUCCAACCGUUCCACCUAGCACGCCUCGUCAAACGAUUCAAUUGCAAGGCCUUCCUCCAGCUCCCGGCUCGCAUAAACGUGAUCCGAAAGAGCCGAAACGGAAAACGUUAAAGGAGAAGCUCACUUCAAUGCCAAAGCGUAAAGACUUGCAUCGGACCAUUGAACGAUUGCAGCCCGGCAAAACGAAAGGAAAUUUGAUUAGCAGCAAUGUCAAAUCGGAUGACCAAAGUAAUCCUGUGGGCACUGGUGCUGCUAAGCCGAAGGAAGUUAAGAAUUCUUUGCUCCAGCCAACGACUGAAUCUGGACCGAAAUUGAGCCUUGGAAGUGUUUUGGACGAAACUGGUUUCGGUCUGGGGCAGCAGCAUAAUUUCAGCGAUGAAAAUGCUGCUAAUUCCGUCAGUGCAAUCGACGAAACGUCAAAGGACAGAGAAUCGGACGACAUGGAGAUCGAAGAGAUCAUCACGUCCACGGAAAUGCAAAAGGAAUUGGCCAAAGCGGAGAAGCAAAAAUUCGAUGCACUGGAGAAGGAAUCACCGAUACUACCCACCAAGCCUUUGUCAACCGAAAAACCUUCGGCAACGCCUAAUCUGAGUGCUUGGUUCAAGGCAUUUGGUGCACCGAAGAAAACGAAAAAGUCGGAAGAAGACGAUCAAACGUCUGCAGCUUCGAUGGUCAAUGCAAACGAAAACAUUGAACUGAGCGGCGAUGGUAAAUCGUUGAUGGAACAAGCAAAUCUUCAGCCAUGUUCACCGAGUGAACAUCCACCAGGAUUUAUGCUGCCGACUCCACGAACCAGAAGAGCCAGCACAAACAGUACGGUUUCUGAACGCUCAUCGUUUAGUCAAGAUCCAGACAGUCCGCGAGUGGGUAUCGAUGAACGUAUUGGUGGGGCCUACGGUGCAACGUAUCCUUCACCAUUAGGCGCUUCUCCGAUUAUGGCUUCACCAAAAGACGAGUUGCCGAAGCCAUCGUCGCCGUAUCCAAUGAACGGGGCUAUCAAAGUUGGAUUUUAUCAGGACACGACAACGAAAAGUAGUCCUGAAAAGAGUUGCAGUCCACGUGAACCACCGUCUCCGUACAAUUAUGCUCAGAAUUUGUACUCAUCUGCGUCAGCGUCCGUUGCCGCAGCAUAUGGCGGUGCCUGUUCGUAUAACAAUCCCACAGAGCCGACGCAAACGGCAACGUUAGGAUUCAACAACAAGAACAAAACGCCUUCAUAUUACGAUCAAUACAAGCAGCCUCGAUCUCAGGACUCGGACUACAAUUCGUCGAUGAGUCCGAAUCCCAAUUCACCAUAUCAGAAUCAGCAACAGUCACCGUAUCAACAACCCGAAGCGUCACCAUAUCAUCAACCGCAAUCAUCACCCUACCAACAACCUCAUUCACCGUACCACCAACAACAACAACAGCAACAAACGGCCAAAGCACCCGGUCAACAACAACAGCAACAAGCAACUCCAUCCGAAUCAUCACCGCACAGUCAAUUUCCACCACCAAAUUCUCCCUAUCAACAGCAAACAUCGCCGUACCAGCAACCGAAUUCUCCGAUUGCAAUGUCACACCAUCUACAGCCUCAGCAACAAACAGCAGCUGCUCCGAAUUUAUUUGUUCAAUCAACUGGCUUCUCACAAACGCAACAGGCGUCAUCAAUUCCGAAACCACCAUCUACGGCGCAGCAUCAACAUCCAAGUACCAACUACCAUUCGAACCCAUCAUCUCCAUACUCUCAGCAUGAUCCAAAUUCACCGUAUGCUCAAGGACCAAUGUCUCCGUACAACACACUUCCGAAUUCACCGAAAUCUCAACCACAACAACAACAACAGCAGCAGCAACAACAACCGAAACCAAAUCACCCGCAACACGAUUGGAAUAACACGAUGGGUCAACAACAACAACAACAACAACAUCAUCACCAAAUGGAUCCGCCAAAGAUAUCAAAUCCAAUGCCUGAUCAGCUAAGUCAUUCGUAUCCACCAAUGCCGGCUCACAUGACAAGUACAAAUAAGCAUCCAUCUGGCGUACAUGGAUAUCACAUACCGACGUAUGCCAAUCCGUAUGCACCUCCUUCGAUAAUGGACCAGCUACGACCAGAAGAUCCAAACGUUCCGAAACAGGCCGUAUUCAAUUCAGCUCACCAAUCCUCGGCGCACUCGCCAAACAAUGAAUCGGGCGGAAAUAUUCCAACUGGCGCAAACAUGACCGGCAUGGACUCGAUGAAUGACAAUCGACACAUGAAUGUCUUGAAACCAAACGAAUCGUCGGCGUCUCCAUCGAAUCGUCACAAUCACAUGCAUCAAAGUCCACGCGAUCUGGUCAAUUUAGGCUUUCCCGAGCAGAAUCUGCCACAGUCGAAAAAAUCAGCUGAUAAGCCACUAAAUACAGUCGUUUCGGAUGCUCGUUCGUUGGAAACGCCGAAACCCACGCUGAAUGCCGAUCUUAAAGGUGCCAGUGAGGCCGUCAAACAUCAACAGCAAGUGUUCGACCAUUUGCUGGGCUUUUCGAAGAAUCUCGGGUUCGGCAAAGGCAUGGACAUAUCGACCAGCAAGGCAUUGGAAAUGUUUAAUCGAGCGGCCACAAUGGGCUUCCCGAAAGGUUUUCCAACGUCGGCCGGCCCGAAAAACGACGAUCUCACCAAAAUUUCAUCGUCUUCCGCUGCUGAUGGAAAUUUCGCACGACCAUCGACAUUACAUUCGGCUAGUCCGUCGCUGGCCAGUUCACAGAGUCAAAAGGCCUUAUUCGACAUGAUCAAUAUGGGCUAUCAACAGCCGUUGGUCGGACACGACAAAGCCAUGCCACAUGACAUGGGCAUUUCAAAGCCACUAAAUAUGGUCAACAAUGCGUACAAUCCGCAACAGAUGCUUGCCAAAGGUGAAUACGCAAACACAACCCCAUCAGAUCACUCGCAGCAAUCGAAGCAACAACAUCCUGCAUCCAUGAACUACGCUACCAAUCUAUCGUCGCAACAUCCUAAGAGCGCCGCUAGUGAAUUGAAUGUGCCAAAUCCUCGUGUGUCGGAACCGAAUCAACAGCAGAAGCCAUGCGAAUUGAACGUUCCGAAUCUACAACGGUACGACCUGAAUCGACAGCCGCCUCAUUCGAACAUUGAUCUGUCGAACUACAAGUCGUCGCCAUACGGAUCGCCUGGAUUGGAUCCGAAUUCGUUGCGAAUGAUGGACGAAAGUCUGCUGGGUUUGCAGGGGACGCCUAGCUACUAUCAAAAAGAUAUUCCGCCAGCUCACAUGUACAGCAAAAACAUUCCACAGACGUCGGCAAAUCUUCAGCAAAUGUUGAACAACAGCAUGACCAUGGCAUACAAUACGGCACGCGAUCAACAAAUUCAACAGAAUUAUCAACGGCACGCAACGCUUGCAAGUAAUUUACCAGGCACAGCCUCUGCUCCAGUCGUGAAUCCAUCAGCUCCACAACAUUACAUGAAUCCGAUUCCCAAUCAGCCGUUAAGUGCAAUCGAUCCGAAAGUGUCAAAACGAACGAAAAAGUCGAAGAAAGCAGCCACACCGACACCUACCGAUACGAUUCAAAACCAAAUGCUACAGCACACGCAACAACAGCAACAUCAGCAACACCUCCAACAACCGCAACAGCAACUCCAUCAACAGCAACAAAGCCAAGGAUUCCAAUCGUAUGCCGGUCUUAAGGCGAAUCCAUCAACCAUGAAAAGUUCACCGACCACCGAUCCGUCGUUAGCUUUGAAAACUGCUGCAGCGAAUAUGGUGCCAGGUAGUGCAUUCAACUUCGGCCCAACACCGACCGGACUGGGAUUGUAUGGCGAACAAACGGGUUAUUUGGACGAGUUUCGUGGCACUGGCAAUCCGUACUACUUGCCUGGUCCACCACAUCCAUCGGCACAUCGCAGUACCGGCGAAACGCCAGCCGAUAAAUUAGUUCAACCGCCAACGCCGUCGUCCACAUAUCAUCAAUUCCUGUCGCAUCCAUCGUCACGCACCACAUAUCCGUUUAUGAAUGCGCAACUGGAUCCGAAUUCACAAAUUUACCAGCAGUACUUUCAACGGCAAGAGGAAUUCCGAACGGCACGGUUGAUGUUGAAUCAGGGUCUGUUGAGCCAUGGUGCACCGGCCGCUUAUCCGCAGUCGGGCUAUUUGGGAAUGCAUAAGUCGUCGUUCGAUGCUAUGAACCAGAUGAAUCGACCGUCAUCGUGGUUUCCGUAAAUUGUUUCCGGUAUCAGGGAAAGCGUAAGUUGAUUCGAAAUCAUUUUAUCUUGUGAAACGUUUACAAUUAAAUUAAUGAAAAGUGACACCAGCCUGCUCUGCGAAUUCAGCUCAUUCCCCUCGUCAGAUUUUCGGUAUAACAGACCCAGACCCAAAAGAAACCUCAAUUUUCGUAGCAUUUUCUUCGCGUAAUCGCCUACACCUGUUGAUAUUACAGAGAAAUUGUUGUUGCGAAAUCGAUUUCGAUUUCUGAAAGAAAGUUUCAAUUUUUCGCAUACAUCGUCUGGUGGGCUAAUCGAGUCCUGUUAAAAAUUACGAGGAUCUGUCUUUUGAUCCAGAGCGCGUCUCCUUUCCCUUGGCCCCACAAAACUUUUAAUUUUCAAAGUACUUUCCUGUCGGGUCGGGUAGCACCUGAGCUCUUGCCCCAAGAGUCUUGUGUGACUCGGGUUUGAGUUCUUUUCGUGUCAUUAUCGGGGGAUUCUUGUAACCCUGAUCAAAACUGACAGACAAGAAUUGCAUAUCGCAUCGUAGCCUCUCCAAUCUCCAGUUGAUGCAAUUGUUGCUGUCAAUCGGAAAUUGAAACUGGCAUUUGUUCUCCACGAAUUGAAUUGUUUAAACGUCGCAGACAAAAUUCCAGUUUCUAUUUUCGCUUGCCUGCAACAAAUUACAACGGGGACAAAGUCGAUGAAAGGCGAAUAUCAACCGUUUUCCUAUUUUCUAAAUUGUUAAGUCAAUUUUGAGUGAGCCGAUGGCCCAAAAAUGAAAACUCAAAGGCACAAACCAAAUGGGAAUGGGGUAAAUUAUCGAAUAAUCGUGUUGAGAGUUCCACAAUAUAAAGUGGUGGUGAAUUUUCGUGAUGAAGAGAGCUAGAAUUUUACGGUAUUUAAAAUUUGAAAUCAAUUUGUUCAAAUCAGGACUAAGAUAAUCGGGCUGAAAACUAGAAAGUUGUAAUCAAUUCAUUCUAGCUUUGAGCUGUUGUUAUUUUUCGCCAAUAUCUUGUAUGGCGAAUAUUGGUGAACUUUUCACAAGCAAAUUGCUGUGAGUUGCGGGAAUGGAACAAGAAAUCAACCUUUCAACCAUUAUUUUCGUAAUUUAUUAUAAUUACUUCAACUUGAAGUGUGCUGGAGUGGAGUUGAACGUUAAAGGUAUUCUAUUUGGAGGUGGUGCUCCCCUUUCAUCUAGAAGAGUGUGGUGUACUCAAAGACUAUUCUUACACUGGAGCUGUAUUUGAAGAAUGUUUUAUGUAGACUUUUACUGACUUAAUUAAAGAAAGCUAUGCACGUCCCUGCUUGCACUAAAUGCAUCACAUUAGAACUAAUUUCCAGAAAUUUUCGUAACGCUUUCCUCGCAAAAUAAUGUCAAGUUCGUCAUAUAUUUGAUUUAGCUUCGCUUCAAGCUUCUAUCCAUUUCUACAUUUCCUGAUGAGGUCUUUCCAACGGGUCCUCAUUCACAAAAAUCUGAAUCUUUUAGACGAAAUUUUUUAGAACCUGGGGAAUUUUAGGACAUAUUUUUGACAUAUUUGUCAUUUUUUAGGCUUUUUUUGCCAAUAAUUUCCCUCACUGAUCGUAAAUUUCGUCGAGUUCAUUCCAAAGAACAACAAUUUAUUGAAAUCGGACUACUUUUAAAGGAAAUUUGAAGAAAUGUUCGUUUAGAAUUAUCUCUUUUUUUGUAGCUCCUUAUGUAGACCUUUCCAAAGUGCUUGAAAUGAAAUUCUUCGAUUUUAUAUGUCCUAGUACUCGAUUAAAACUAGGAAAUAGAAACAACUCGGUAGGUCUCACAAAUGUCCCCCCAAACUAUCCAUUUUCUGGACAAUUCGUGAGUAAGACGACACAUUUCUGUUGGUGAAAUGGGAGCACCACAUACAAAUAAAAUACCUUCCACGUUCAGCUCCACUAGAUUCACACUACACUUCAAGUUGAAAGAAAUGUAAUAAAUUACGAAAAUAUUAAAAUAUUGGUCGAAAGGUGAUUUUCUUGGUUCAUUCCCGCAGUUCUUUUUGAAUUCGCACUUCGGUUGAUGGUCAUGUUAACCAUUGCCCCCAUUUUUCCUUUGAUUUUGUUGAACUUUAAUGUUUUUUCGCAAUUUUUUUUUUAAAUUAUUUUAAAUAAAAUUCUUGUUACAAUUCUAUUUGCAAUAUAUUUAUUUCUGGUUAUGUUGAUGUGUUAUUAAGUGCUAAAAGAAUAGAAAAAGAAAAUUUUACAAAUUUUUACAUUCCUAAUACUUAAGCAAACAAAUGAAAUGAGACGUAAAAAAUAGAAAAUUUAAACUAAAAAAAGAAAUAAAACUAAAGAA